GCUGUUCAGCUGCAAAACAGAAAACAGACAAAACAAGAAAAAAUCCUCAAAUCUUCUCAAAAUUUCUUAAUGUUUAAUUAUUUUUGUGGUAUUCGCCGAUAUUACAUAUUAAUAUUGCAAUCAUGAUGCUGGACAGGCAGAAGUCAGAGGUGAACUGCUCGCACAGCAUCAUCCAUGAGAUGAUCUUUGCUUUGAGCGGGUUUGACAGCAGUGUUUUCAAGUAUGAAGAUGGAGUUUACGAGGUUAAUGAAGUUCUUCCUCUUACACCUGGGGAACGUAAACUCAUCGAAAGAAUCCUGAAAAUUGCAACACACUACAGGAGACUGAAAAAUUUCACGGAGAACAACUGCAAUCCAAUUUACAGCCAAAACGCUCAAAAAUACAGCAGCAAUACCAAAAUGUAUUUCCUAGCGUUCUGCAGUGGCAUGGAGGAAGUUUUAGAGCCAUACCGAAAAGCCAUGGUCCAGCUAGAAGAUGAAAUCUUGCUUGAUGCAAGCAAAUCCAUUAUGUUUGUCCUUCAAAUUUCUGACGAGUACACUGUCUUGCUGCACCUCCUAAAUUACGCUGUGGAUCAAAUUGAGCUAAAAGGGAAUGAUCUGAACUGGUGCCACAUUAUGGAAAUCCUACAGAGCAGCCCAAGCGCCAGGUCACACAUAUCACAGACAGCAUUCAAGAGGAUUCAAAAAAGAUGUCACACGGUUUUCUUAAAGCAGCUGAGCGCGUGGCUUAUUUAUGGAGAGCUCUUUGAUAAGGAACAAUUUUUCAUAAAUAAAGAGAUACCCCAAGAUGAUGGCACAUCUGACGUUGAAAUCGUUCAGACUAAUUCAAUUGUGGAGCUUUACACUGCUUACUCAGUUUUCAAGAUGAAUACGAACCAGUUGCCGUCAUACAUCCCUGGCUCGCUUGCUCUAGAUAUCCUUUACAUAGGACAAACCGUGGUCAUGAUAUCACAAAAGCCGAAUACCGCAAAAGGUAUGUACGAGCAAGAUGAACGCCAAGAAUUUGUUCUCUGGGGAGGCAAGGAAAAGGAAUAUCUGAAUGAGCUCAGGGAAAUUGAGCAAGAAGAAAGUCUGCAGAUUGAAAGACUUAAAGCACUUGUCAAAACUAUGAGAAGGCACCUGACAAAUGUUUUAUGGCAUGUAGCUGUAAAAGAUGCAGACCUUCUAUCUGAAUUGAAAUUUGUGAAAGACCUCUUAUUGCUCGGACGUGGAGAAAUUGUUUCAGAGUUCAUUAAGCUUGCAAAUCCAAUUUUAAAGCAUCCUCCGCAAGCAAUUCGCCUCAGAGCCGCCCAGAAAGCGAUGAAGGAAGCAAUUUGCAGCAUAUUUACAAGAGAUGAUGUACUUCUCAACAAAUUUGUCAUGUACUUUCAAGUGGAGUCGGACGGAAAUGGAUGGGACUGCAUCAGCUUGAAGUUCCAAGUUAAAUGGCCACUGCAUCUAUUGUUUACUGAGGAGAUCCUUUACAAGUACAACGUGAUUUUCCGUUUGCUCCUGAAAGUUCGUCGAGCACAAUGCAACUUGCUGGAAGUGUGGAAAAGACAAAUGGAGGACAAAAAAAUCAGAGGGUGUGAAGCCAAUACUCAACUUGGUCAACUGAGAAGGAAUUUUCUUUUCAUGAUCGACAACCUUCACCAUUAUUUACAGUUUGACGUAAUCGAAGUUCAGUUUACCCAGCUUAUCCAAGCUGUAAAGGAAACAGAAAACUUUGAGGAAAUCUUAAAGGCCCAUUGUCUGGCCAUAUCGAACAUACUGAACCAAGCCUUUCUCCAAACGGGCGUGAAACAAGAAGGACAGGCCCAAGGUCAGCAUGCUGUCAUGAAGUGUCUGCAAACCUUCUUGGAUAUGAAUACUGAGUUCUGCGAGUUUGCCAUGGAAUUGAUAGAAAAUGCGCAUCACAUGAACAGUGAAACAGAUUUGAAGCUACAAGAGUUAGAGCAUCAGUUUAUGUCCCAGGUUGGGGUCCUCAAAAAUAUGCUGACCAUCGUUCAGUGUCAGACGAGUGCACUAGCCUUGAGCCAGCUUUUGUUGCGCCUCGAUUUGAAUGACUGGUUCAAGAGAAAUGUGAUAUCUUAGAUUAAAUUGGUAGUCACUUCGGACACUGGUGUCUAGCCACCAGCAAUUUGAAGACUAAUUUAUUUUCAUUUAGAUUAGAUUUAGGACAACUAUAGAUAACUUGAAAUGAACUUACAAAAUUUCCAAGUAAAUAUAAAAUUAAAAACUUCAUUUUAAAAAUUUGUUUGUAACUAUUUUCGUAAUAAUUUUGCCUUAGUUUUUCUCCUUUAGUUAUGUGGACUACUCUCAAGCAGAAUGAUAAAUAAAGUUGUAAUUGUAACAAAAUUG